CAGCGCGGGGGUCCCUGCCGGCCAUGUGCCCCCCGGGCCGGCCGGGGGGGCCGCCGGGGGACGGGGGGCUCCGCUGAGCCCCAGCCAUGGGGCCGCGCCGCUGGCCGCUGCUCUGGGGCGUCCACGCGGUGCUGGUCCACGUCACGGUGCUCACGGCGGGGCAGCGCCCGCAGGAGAGACCCCCGUGGCCGGCAGGGUGGUCUCCGGGCGCCUCGUCCUCGUGGGCACCCACGCUGGAGCCGGGAGCGCCGGGGGACGCCGAGGGCUCGGCGGCAGCGCUGGCGUUCCUGCAAACGGGCGAUGCCCAGCGCCUGGCCCGGGCCAACUGCAGCGGGGGGGUCGCAGCGGGACCCCCCGGUCCGGGGCCCCCCCCGGCCCUGCGAGCCGCCCUCCGGGCCGCCCCCGAGGCGCUGGCACACACCGCCAACUUCCUCAACAUGCUCUUCCAGACCAACGACAUCCGCGAGGCCAGCGUGGCCGAGGACGUGGAGUGGUACCAGGCGCUGGUCCGCAGCCUGGCCGAGGGGCACCCGUGGGUGCGCCGGGCGGUGCUGGCCCUCGACGCCCACCCGCUGGCCCCCAAGCCCCGGCUGAUGCUCCAGGCCACCAAGGGGGACGGGCAGAUCCUGCUGCAGGACGUGUCGGCCUCCGCCCCCAGCCUGGGCAACCUCAGCUGGGACAACGAGUGGUUCAACGCCCUCAAGUCCCAGCGGACCCCCCAGCUCCGCAAGCGCGUGCUCAGCAACGACCUCCGCAGCAUGGAGACCCCCAAGUGGCAGCGGGGGGACAGCUACGUGGGGGACCCGGGCCACGUGAGGUGGUCGCCGCCAUUCCUGGAGUGCCGGGACGGCAGGUUCCUGCCCGCCUGGGCGGUCACGCUCUCCUCCGCCUUCUACGGGCUCAAACCGGACCUCAGCCCCGAGUUCAAGGGUGUGGUGCGGGUGGACGUGGAGCUGCGGGAUGUGGCCAUCGACCAGUGCGCCAGUGGGCCGGGCUGGUUCUCGGACACGCAUCGCUGUGACCUCAACAGCACCCAGUGUGUCCCCCAGGAGAGCCGUGGCUUCGUCCUCGGGAGGUACCUGUGCCGGUGCAAGCCGGGCUUUUACGGGGCCGGUGGAGUGGCCAGCAGUGCCUGGGCAGGGUCGGACGGGGGGUCCCGCCUGGCGUGCUGGCCCUGCCGCCCGGGCUGUGCCACCUGCGAGGACGACAGGCCGUGCCUGAUCCAGGAGGACCCGGUGCUGCGGGCGGCCGUGCUGUCGUGCCAGACCUGCUGCAUGCUGGCCAUCUUCCUCAGCAUGCUCAUCUCCUACCACUUCAGGCGGAGCAAGAGGAUCCGGGCGUCAGGAAUCAUCCUCCUGGAGACCAUCCUGUUCGGAUCCCUCCUCCUCUACUUCCCCGUGUUCAUCCUGUACUUCAAGCCGAGCAUCUUCCGCUGCAUCGUCCUGCGCUGGGUGCGGAUGCUCGGCUUCGCCACCGUCUACGGCACCAUCACCCUCAAGCUGUACAGGGUGCUGAAGGUGUUCCUGUCCCGCUCGGCCCAGCGGGCUCCCUACGUGUCGAGCGGGCGGGUGCUGAAGAUGCUGGCGCCCAUCCUGCUCCUGGUGCUGUGGUUCCUGGCGGCCUGGACCAUCGGGAUGCUGGAGAACAUCAACAAGAACAUCCCGCUGGUGAUCCGCACCCAGACCACCCACGGGCUCCACUUCUACAUCUGCGGCCACGACUGCUGGGACUACAUGAUGGUCAUCGCCGAGAUGCUGUUCCUGCUGUGGGGCAGCUUCCUGUGCUACGCCACCCGUGCCGUGCCCUCCGCCUUCCACGAGCCCCGCUACAUGGGCAUCGCCCUCCACAACGAGCUCAUGAUCUCUGCCGCCUUCCAUGUGGUCAGGUUCCUCAUCGUCCCUUCCCUGCAUCCUGACUGGACUCUGCUCCUCUUCUUCGCCCACACCCAUGGCACCAUCACCAUGACCCUGGCCCUGCUCUUCAUCCCCAAGUUCCUGCACACGGGCUCUCCGCUGCGGGAGGAGAUCACGGCCGAGGUGUACGAGGACGAGCUGGACAUGCGGCGCUCGGGCUCCUGCAUGAACAGCAGCAUCGCGUCCGCCUGGAGCGAGCACAGUCUCGACCCCGAUGACAUUCGGGAGGAGCUGAAGAAGCUCUACCGGCAGCUGGAGGCGCACAAGGCGUGGGGGAUGGCGGCCAACAACCCCCACCUGCCCAGGAAGCGCAGCUCCCGCCGCAGCCUCGCCCGCUCCAUCCUGCGCCGCGGGGCCGACCUGGCCGAGGCCUCGUCCCGCCGGAGCAGCGCCGGGGACCGGGGCAGCACCCCGGGCCGCCACGGCUCCUCCGCCAGGACGAGGGCGCGGGACGAGGGGUCCCGGCGCCGCCCCUCCGCCCUGCGCCAGUCCCGCAGCUCCGAGGGGCCCCCCCGAGGGUCGCCCACCCCCAGCAUCGUCCCCCCCGAGGAGCCCUCGCCGGCGAUGGAGGUGACCCUGGAGCAAUCUGACAGCGACUCGCUGGACGCCGCCCCGCUGGUGUGCAAGUCGGCCAGCGCCCAGAACCUGUCAGGGCACUGGCAGAGGCUCCCGGCCCGGGCGCCCCCCCUGCAGAAGUCGCACAGCGUCGUCACCGGGGCGCGGGAGGAGGCCCUGCUGGCCGCCAGCCGGGCCGCCCGGGAGGGCUGGCACAGCAGCAGGCACCGCUCAGCCCCGGCCUCGCGGCACCCCCCGGGCCAUGCGCCCCCCGGGGACGCCGGGAGGGCCAAAGUCCCCGCCAAGAGCUGCUCCCAGGGGGACGUGUCCCCCCCGGGCGAUGCCAAGGUGCAGAAACACGUCACCUACGCGCCCGUCAAGAGCGUCAGCAUCGACAGCGCCCGCCCGCCCAGGAAGGUGCGGGUGGCCGUGAGGAAAACGCCCCCCGCGCCCCCCGUCCGCUACGAGAGCCUGGGGAGGCUCUCGGUGCCAGCUGGGGACCCCCUGGAGCCGGCGGAACCACCACGGGACCCCCCGGCACCGGCAGGAGAGCCGGGACACGCGUCCCCCCCUGCGGGUCUGCUGACCCCACCCCCCAUCUCGGCACAGGUCUGUCCCUGGGAGAUGAUCCAGGACGAGAUCCUGAGCAGGAAACAAAAAUCCGCCAAGGCAGCAGACUCGGGGACCCCCGGUGACACCGAGACCACCGACCCCGAGCCCAGGCCGCGCCCCGCGAGGACCUUCCGGACUCUGGGCCUUGCCAUCAAAGCCCUGAACCGCUCCAGGGGCAAGGGCAGCCUCAGGGGGAAGAGGGAGAGCGAGGGGAGCUUCAGGAAGAGGGGGAGCAGCAGGAGGGAGAAGCCCAGCAUGGCAGGGGCCUUGGCUGUGUCCCUCGGGGGGCUCGGCCCAGACCCCGCUGCCCAAAGCCCCGAGGGGGGCAGGCAGAGGCCCCAGCCCCUCACCCGUGGGUACACAGUCCCCUACCAGCACAACAACAACGCUGCCACCCCCGGGGAAGCCACGGGCUGGGGGGACAGCGGGGCAGGAGGACACUGGGACAGUCUGGCACCAGGGACAGCCGGUGGGGACGAAGUGGCAGAGCAGCCCAGUGGGAAAAUAGAGGUGGAGCCCCAGGAAGGGGAUGGGGCUCCUGGGGUGGAUUCAGGAAAGGAUGUUCCAGCAGUGGAUCCGGGGAAGGACAUUCCUGCAGCGGAUCCAGGGAAGGAUGCUCCUGCAGUCACACUGGAGGAAGGAACAGCCAAAGGGCUCCAGGGGACCAGCGGGCCCAUCCAGCCCCAGGACCACACGGAGAAGGAGCAGCCACCUGCAAAGCCCACCCCAAGCAGCCACCAACCCUCCACCACCUGCGUGCAGAGAGAGGCCAGGGAGAAGCCGAGGGCUGAGGUUUUUCCCCCGGGAUCCAUUGGAAUCCCAGCAGGAAGGGCAGCCCUGCUGCGCCAAGAGGCCGUUGCUUCCCGGGAGGACUGGGCUGGUGAGGAGCAGCCUGGGAUGGGGCUCCCAGUUGUGCCCAAACCCUCAUCCCAGCAAGCUGGAUCUGUGGACAGCAAGAAGGCCACCAUCUGUCCGUGGGAAGUGGAGGAUGAGCCACGUCCUAAAACAGAAAUCUGCCCCUGGGAAGAGGCUGCAGCUCCAGCAGGGAAGGAGGCAUUGAGGCAGGACACCUCCAAAAGGGAAGGCAAACCAGGAUCCAGAGGAGUGGAAGACAGCAAAGCAAAGCUGGCAGAGAGGGGUGGGCGGCAGGCACAGUGCAGGGACACCGGGAUCUUCGCAGAGCUCCUCAGGAAAAGCCUGGAAAAAGCUGAGUCCAAGAAAUCCCGGAGUAUGGAGAGCAUAAAGGAGGAGAUCUGUCCCUGGGAGAGCCUGGACACGGAGCAGAUUCCGACCAAACCCCGUGCAGGGAGCACAGAGGCUGCAAAGAAAUCCCAGAGCAAGGAAAGCCUGAAGGCAGAGAUCUGUCCUUGGGAGGAUCAGGAGCCCAAAUCCAGUGACAAAGCAGAAAUCUGUCCCUGGGAAGGGGCUGAGCCUCAGAAGGAGAGGGGAGCAGCUCCAGGGAAGGACAGAGUCCCACCAAAAGAAGCCUCCAAAGCAGUGGAGAAGGGAAGCAAAGACCGUGAGUCCAUCUGUCCCUGGGAGAGCAUGGACAUGGAACAACCUCCCAUCAAACCCCACCCAGGGAGCACAGAGCCUUCAAAGAAAUCCCAGAGCACGGAGAGCCUGAAGGCAGAGAUCUGUCCUUGGGAGGACCAGGAGUCCAAAUCCAGUGACAGAGCUGAAAUCUGUCCCUGGGAAGGGGCUGAGCCUCAGAAGGAGAAGGACAGAGUCCCACCAAAAGAAGUGGCCACCUCCAAAGCAGUGGAGAAGGGAAGCAGAGACCGUGAGUCCAUCUGUCCCUGGGAGAGCACGGACAUGGAACAACCUCCUGCCAAACCCCACCCAGGGAGCACAGCACUGCCCAAAUCACCUUCAAAGAAAUCCCAGAGCAUAGAGAGCCUGAAGGCAGAGAUCUGUCCUUGGGAGGAUCAGGAGUCCAAAUCCAGUGACAGAGCAGAAAUCUGUCCCUGGGAAGGGGCUGAACCUCCCUGCCAGCAGCCAAAGGCAAAGCAGGUUUCCCAGGAGGGCUCCAGGGGGGACAAGCGCAUCACGCGCCAGGCAGCGCUGGCCAGCCCGGACAGACUCCCAGGGAAGGGCAGCAGUGACAGGGAGGCUGUGUGUCCCUGGGAGAGCCUGGGCACACAGGAACCCUCGGGAACAUCCCAUGCUGUGGGCAAAGAGCUGCCCAAGUCACCUUCAGGGAAAUCCCAGAGCAUGGAGAGCCUGAAGGCAGAGAUCUGUCCUUGGGAGGCCCAGGAAGUCAAAUCCAGUGACAGAGGAGAAAUCUGUCCCUGGGAAGGGGCUGAGCCUCAGAAGGAGAAGGACAGAGUCCCACCAAAAGAAGUGGCCACCUCCAAAGCAUUGGAGAAGGGAAGCAGAGACCGUGAGUCCAUCUGUCCCUGGGAGAGCAUGAACAUGGAACAACCUCCUGCCAAACCCCACCCAGGGAGCACAGAGCCUUCAAAGAAAUCCCAGAGCACAGAGAGCCUGAAGGCAGAGAUCUGUCCUUGGGAGGAUCAGGAGUCCAAAUCCAGUGACAGAGCAGAAAUCUGUCCCUGGGAGAGCACGGACACAGAGCAGAUUCCAUCCAAACCUCUUGCAUGGAGUGCAGAGGCUGCAAAGAAAUCUCAGAGCAAGGAAAGCCUGAAGGCAGAGAUCUGUCCUUGGGAGGAUCAGGAGCCCAAAUCCAGUGACAGAGGAGAAAUCUGUCCCUGGGAAGGGGCUGAGCCUCAGAAGGAGAGGGGAGCAGCUCCAGGGAAGGACAGAGUCCCACCAAAAGAAGCCUCCAAACCUAUGGAGAAGGGAAGCAGAGACCGUGAGUCCAUCUGUCCCUGGGAGAGCGUGGACACGGAGCAACCUCCCAUCAAACCCCACCCGGGGAGCACAGCACUGCCCAAAUCACCUUCAAAGAAAUCCCAGAGCACAGAGAGCCUGAAGGCAGAGAUCUGUCCUUGGGAGGAUCAGGAGCCCAAAUCCAGUGACAGAGCAGAAAUCUGUCCCUGGGAGAGCACCGACACAGAGGAUCCCUCCCUGAAAACUGUGAUGGAGAAGGAACCAUCCAAGAAAUCUGACAGCACAGAGAGCAGGAAAUCUGAAAUCUGCCCCUGGGAAGCAGCAGAGCCCACGGGGUCAGAGAAGGAAAGCUCCAAAGCAGGUGUGCACUCACAGGGAGCUGACAGAACCUCCCAGCCCGGGAUGGGAAAGCCAAAGCCGGUGGCAGGAGCCAGUGUUGGGUCUCCAACAGCCCCGCUGCAAAAAUCCAAGGGCAGCUCUGAUGGGGAGGCCAAGCACAAGCCCCUGUGCCGCCUCCUGCCCGGCAUCCAGCCCCCAGGGGUGGGCAGCAGCUCCAGCCCUGGCACUGGCCUGGCUGAGGUUUGUCCCUGGGAAGCAGAAGAGGCUCCCUCAGCCCCUGCCAAGCCCAGCACAGACACGAGGAAAACCUCCCAGGUGUGUCCCUGGGAGGAGGAGAGUGUGGAUCCCACCCCGACCCAGCACAGCCAGGGCAGAGCCAGGGGGAGCCCCCGGGACGGAGAGGGGGGUGAGAGGGACACCCAGCCUGACGUGUGCCCUUCCAGUGUGGCUUUUUAAGCCAGCGUUGCUGCCGAGGAGAGGAGCGUCGAACAGCAGCCCUGGGAUCCGCGCUGGGAUCCAGGGAGAGCCAGCCCUCGGAGGCUUCCUCUGGCACCGGUGGCUGCUUUGCAGGUUUUAGUGUUGUGGAGGUGUUUUUAAUAUUGUUUGCCGCGCAGGGGGGGUUGCUCAGGGAAUUCCUGGAGCAGUGGAUACACCUGGCAGUGGGAAAUCCUGCACCCCCACCACCACUGAGGGCAUGUCUGGAGGAACAACAGGGAGCUGACAGGUUCCAGGUUGUAAAAAAAAAAAAACAAAACACAACCCCCUUGUUCCCAUCCUGGUGUUCGGGCAGGAAGGAGGAUGAAAAAAUCCCAGAGGGCGAGCUUUUAACACAGAUUUAACUAUGUAUCUUUAUUUUGGAUAACUUUUAACACUAAACCAGGGAAUCACCAGGCCACUCCCAGCUGCCCGGAAGGGAGGGCAGGAAGGUGGAUGGGGGUGAGUGCUCACCUGCCUGUCUCAGGCUGGAAGUCUCCCUGGGGAGGUUUGCUGUGGCUGCGAAGCGCAGGGAAGGCACAUUCCAGAAAACCAGAGGGCAACUGUUCUGCACCUUAAUGGGGAGAAGAACAACCAGCUCACCCACAGUGCUGCAUGGGCAGGAUGCUUUCUGUGCUGGGAACAAAAAAAAUAGUGACUGUGAGCGUGUUCUUAUUGAGCUGGGCUUGAGUCUAGGAAACAAAAACACAUCUUUGUGCUUUGGGGGUCAAAAUGCUCCAGUGAGGGACCUGUUGGGCCUCUGUGCCUGCACCUUGUGCUGAGGUGGAGGGGAGCUCACCAGGGAUGUCCUGUUUUCAGCAGACCUUGGCAUCACUGUGUGUUCACUGAGGCAAAGGGGAUUCUGUGCCAAGCCACAGACUUUGAAUUUUCCAGAUUUUGGGUAGGGAAAUGCGUGUGCUGCUUCCUCUCGAAGAUCCAGCUGUUGUUUUCCUGUAGCCAAUCAAUAAUGACCAGCCCCUCAGCUCCAUUCCACUUUGAUAAUGGCUGGACAAGCAAUAAUCCCCAUCAAGGACUUUAACUAGAGAUGCUUUCUGACCCAUGGGGCACAAUGCUCCACUGAAAGUUGUGUCCUCGGAAGAGGCUGUUUUUUAAAGAUCAAGCCUAUUGUUAAACUCACAUUGUCUGCAAUUUGGACAGCUCUUAAUGCAUCUUGAACUCUGAAUCCAGAGAGAUUUGGAUUUAUAGAUUGAAUAAAGGUCUCUAGACAUU